AUGGUGAAGUGUCGUCUUAUUACACUCGAGACGAAAAUGUCUGAUUCGAGUUUCCCGCAAACAAACCAGGCCGAUGGAGGUGGUCUUGACUGGAAAGUCAGAGAGGCUCUGGCACUUCCGUCUCAUUCGCACGCCAAGACCGAGACAUCCAGGGAUGAGCCGACUCUGUUCAGUCCAACAUUCAUUCGGAAUUCCCGAUCCAGCAGCGGAUAA